AUGUUUCUCCUCGCCCGGCGGCCGCGGUGUAUCCACGACCAAACACAACAUCAAUCCGUCCUCAGCAGCCAAGCAGAGCAGAGCAUGUCAACCCAGCCCCUUCUCCAGCGAGCCCCGGGCAAACGGAUCGCACUGCCCGUCAGAGUAGAACCAAAGGUUUUCUUUGCCAACGAACGAACAUUCCUCUCAUGGCUCAACUUCACCGUCGUCCUGGGUGGCCUAGCCGUCGGCUUGCUUAACUUCGGCGACCGGGUCGGCCAGAUCUCCGCCGGCUUAUUCACCCUAGUCGCAAUGGGCGUCAUGCUUUACGCCCUGAUCACUUUCCAUUGGAGAGCUAAUGCUAUCAGGAAGCGAGGAUCAGGAAACUACGACGACCGUAUUGGUCCGACGGCACUCUGUAUCGCUCUUCUCAUUGCCGUGGUCACUAAUUUCAUUCUGCGGUUCACGGCCUGA